AGCGGGAUUCAAUCAAAGGACGGGGCAAAACUCCGAACUCGGCGUGCCGUUCUGCAAAGGCGUGGGGAAAUUUGGCUGCAUCGUGAUUUCUGUCUGCUUUUGUUUUUUGCGGACAUUCUCGCAACUUGUUCUUUGCUACGCGAGACGGGUUCGGGCCGGGGGGCCUGUAGAAGGGAAUAACCAAACGCGCGGCCAGUUGUUUUUGGUUGCAGAUAGCUGGCAAUCACACACAAAGAGGAUUUUCGUUGGCACGUUACGAGCUGGACUUUUAACAGUGCCUUUGGGUUUUCAUCUUUUUUAGUCUGGCUGCCUCCCGCACCCGUCCGUUUCGUUUGCUUUUACCUUCCGGCGUCCUACGUGCGUCCGCUGACAGGGACUAGUGAGAACAGCAGUGCUUCCCAUUUGCACUCGGCUAUUGGGUUAUUUCGUUUUUCAAACCGCGUGUUGUUGCUCGCUUGUUGUGGGCAUCUCCUUCCUGGACUACUUGACCCGCCUCGCGAUGAAAGGGCUGAAAAAUCGCGUCUUGUCUAGAAAUAAGACCCCCGAUUCCAGCGGCUCUUCAAACGUUAGCAAGUCAACGGCUUCGAAUAAGGUAGCGGCUGCUCCACAACCCCAGCAGCAGAAACAAGAGAAGGCACAGGCGUCUUCCAAGGACAAGCAAACAAAGGAAAGCUCCCCUAAAUCUUCAUCGAAGAGGGAAGACGCGAAAAUGGAACCUCAACCACAAUUGAUACCGGCAUCAUCAUCCUCUUCAACAUCCGUUGGCGGUCAUAAAAUACUCGAUAAAGAGAUUCCAAAGAGUGGUCCGCUCAAUCGAUUGAAAAACACCCCGAAAGAUGCAGUACCUACCAGCAAGGCACCUCGUCGUCAAAGGUCAUCUCGCUUCCACGUCACAGAACGUGUUGAGCUGGAGAAAUUGGUUUCCUUUAAAGAUGUAGUUGCCUCUGAACGUCAGGAUCUUCUAGUCAAGAAGAUCCAACAGUGUAACGUCAUCUUCGACUUUAGCGACUCAUUGUCCGACCUGAAAGGAAAGGAGAUCAAACGUCAGACUCUGACCGAACUGGUAGAAUACAUCAGUAACAACCGGGGCGUCAUCACGGAACCGAUCUACCCGGAAGUCGUUAAUAUGUUUGCUACCAACCUAUUCCGAACAAUACCUCCUCAAGUAAAUCCCAGUGGUGAUGCCUUUGAUCCCGAGGAAGACGAACCCGUCCUUGAAAUGGCUUGGCCCCACCUGCAAAUUGUGUACGAAUUUUUCUUGCGGUUCAUUGAAUCGCCGGAUUUCAAUACCAACAUUGCGAAGAAGUACAUAGAUCAGCACUUCAUCUUGCAGUUGCUGGAUCUGUUUGACAGCGAAGAUCCACGGGAGCGUGAUUUCCUUAAAACAACGCUGCAUCGCAUCUACGGCAAAUUUCUCAACCUGCGAGCCUUCAUUCGGAGAUCCAUCAACAACGUGUUCUUCCAGUUCAUUUAUGAACAGGAGCGGCACAACGGUAUCGCAGAAUUGUUGGAGAUCCUUGGAAGUAUCAUCAACGGUUUUGCUUUGCCACUGAAAGAAGAGCACAAAGUCUUCCUCACUAGAGUCCUGAUCCCACUGCACAAGGCCAAAUCGUUGACGUUGUAUCAUCCUCAGUUGGCGUACUGUGUGGUGCAAUUUCUCGAAAAGGAUCCCGCGUUGACUGAGGAGGUGGUGUGCGGACUGCUCCGGUAUUGGCCCAAAGUGAACAGCCCAAAGGAAGUCAUGUUUCUGAACGAGAUUGAGGAAAUAUUGGACGUGAUUGAACCACAAGAGUUUGUAAAGAUUCAAGUUCCAUUGUUCCAGCAAAUCUCUCGAUGCGUUUCUAGCCCACAUUUCCAGGUGGCAGAGCGAGCUUUGUAUUAUUGGAACAACGACUAUAUUAUCAACUUGAUUGGUGACAAUGCCAGCGUCAUACUUCCCAUCAUGUUUUCCUCCCUGUAUCGAAAUUCAAAAACACACUGGAACAGGACCAUUCAUGGCCUAGUUUACAAUGCCUUAAAGCUUUUCAUGGAGAUCAGCCCAAAGCUGUUUGACGAAUGCACAAACAAAUACAAACAAAAUCGCCAGCUUGAGCGGAAGAAGCAAAAGGACCGGGAAGAAAUAUGGCAGAAACUUGAACAGCUGGCGACACAGAAUGCAGGAAAAUUGCCAUCCGCCCAGGCUGCACGUUUACCGGUAUCCAUUCCAAGUGUUACGGCGGUCAUUCCAUUAGCCGUACCUCUGACAGCUGAUCCGCUGGAAGAAACUCCAACAAAGCCAGAGCCACCAGAGGAUGAUGUGCUGAACAAGGAGUUGCAACAAUUUGAAGACAGACCGACUCCACAACGCUUCAGGCGAAAGUCGGUGUUACCCGUCGAUGAAACUGUGCUCUCUGAGCUCUCACGCCAUAAAUCUCUGGAAGAGCUUACGACACAGAAAGCCAAGAGCAAUGCAGAUACCAGUAAUGAUUAAAGGACAAUGCAAAUGUUUUUUAAAUGUGUGGAGAAGAGUGGUUUUUGGGUGAUUUCGUUUGGGGACGAUGAACGCUAUGGCCUGUUACGUAAUAUACAAAUCAACAAAAUAGUAUCAUCUUUCCAGACAGUCAUAGAGCGAUUUUUGCAUGUCAUGUCAAUAAAUUGCAAAAACUAAAAAAAGC